GCGUGUGUGUGUGAGUUCGUGUGUAUUUGUCAAAAAGGGGGUCGCGUUGUUGGUGACUCCAUAGAUAACAUAAACAUUACAGGACAGAACACAACAAUUGUCUCUCUUCAACUUCAAACUACUCAUUCCUUCCAUUCUCGCUCCAAACUCAACUCUCCUUUUUGUUUACUGGUUGUUGCUGGCUAACCUGCAUAAGGCGGAAUAACAAAAACAAUACAUGUCUGGUUCCGUUGCCUCACCUGUCGGUUGGAUCCAUCAACUAUGAUUGUUGAGUAACUCAAUUUGUGGAAUGAUAUUUGGUGCAGCCAGUGGAAAAGUUUUAUGUAAUUUUGUCUCAAGCAGUGAUGGAAGCAGCAAAAGUUCUUUCACACUCCAAAGUUGUACCUUUUGGUUUCUCUAUUGUGAGCAACAAUGUCUUUCUGAGACCUUUCAACAAACAAUUUCAUGCUGAUCUACUUACUAACAGUAAUCAGCCCCACCCAAGACCCAAGCGCAGUAGUUUUCAGUUGAACUGCAGCCAUGGAAACUCUUUUUCCUCCUUAAUUAGACCGACAAGAAAAAGGGCUGAUCUGUUACCUUUUCCCAGAUGCUCAAUUUCCAAUGAAGCCAGCACGGAUUCUAGUGAUCCAGUCCUAAAGUACUUCAAAAAUCUAUCCUUUGAUUCGAUAAAAGCUACUGUUUUGCAGUUGACUCCAAUUGAUAUAGUGAAGUUGACUGGGAUAUUAUCUGUCAUAACUACAGCCACAAAAUGGACAAUUAAUAUGCUCUUCAAUCCUUUUUUCUGGAUGUACUUUAGCUGGACUUGGAUCUUCUGGCCAUGGUUGGUGGCCAUAGUGCUUGCAGUUUAUGGGUUAUAUUGCUUUCGGAAACACAUGCUUGGUGAGGCAAACAUAUUUGAGCAAUGUGCAAUUGUUACAUCAGUAUUUACAUGGCUCACCCUUGUUCCACCAGCUUAUUUCAGUGGAUACCUUGAAGGCUGGCCUUUUGUUUUCUUUGUUGUAUAUCAUUACUUCUUUUUCUUCAAUGUUAGUGUCCGCAAGCGGUUAUAUGGAGAUUAUUAUGCUCGGCGUCAUGACCCAAAAUGGGAUGUGAACUUGCCAAUGUGGUCUCGCCUUUUGUUCAGUGCAGGGAUCAUGGUUGGCCAUUGGCUUGCAGCAUUUGAAGGGCCAGCGCCUCACCUCAUACAAGGUGGGUGGAGCAAUAUUGGAAUCUGGGCUUUGAUUAUUGCAACUCUUCUGUUGCAUUAUAAUGCCACAUUGUAUCUUGCUAAGUAUUCAGAAAAUGUGGUGGUUCCAAUUUCUGUUGUGCAAUACGGACCUUAUCGAUGGUUGCGCCAUCCAAUAUAUUCAUCAACAACGCUUUUGUUUGUGACAUAUUGCCUUGCGCUUCGAGCACCGUUGAGUCUGCUAUUCAUUGUAGCGGUUUGUUUGUUGUAUUAUAAGCAGAAGGCGGAUAUGGAGGAGGCUUUGAUGGUUGAGUCUUUUGGCCCAAGAUACACCAAAUAUGCAAGCAGAGUUAAGUACAAGUUCAUUCCUUUUAUCUAUUAGUUCGUCUCAGAAUUCUAGUUUUCAAUCAUCAAAAUCUCAUUAGAAUGUCAUUUUAGACCAGAGAUAGUGGCACUUCUUGAAAUCUAAGCAAGUGUGCAGCUUUGUUUACUCUUUACAGUGUUAUCGUUAGUGUGUCGAAAUUAAUCUUAAGACUAAAGGUCCCUGUGCACUUGUGGUGAUUGACUUUCCAAUAUUCAGUUUUCAGUGAUGUUUUGUUUCAUAUAGCUUAGAUCAUUUACCGUAUCUUGUCUUUUAUUUUGCACUUUAAAAAAUUCCGUCAUCUAUUGUGUACCUUGAUUGAUGGCUACUUUCAGCAUCAUAUUUGAGCUAUUGUGUACGUUGAUUGAUGGCUACUUUAAGCCUCAUAUUUGAGAUUUUUACUUGAAA